GUCUGAAAUGUUCCCUCACCGGUCCUAUCAACACGCACUCUCUCUGUGAGCGUAUGAUAUUCUCAGACUCUAUGCCUCUCUAGCUUAUGGUUAUGGAAUCACAACACACACAGCUCAAACGACGCCGUUGAGAUUUCCACUCUCAACCCCUCAAUCGCCGCCGACUAAUGGAAAUUACUAGUCCACUGGCUUAGAAAACGACGGCGUUGCCAGCUUCCUGUUUUACUUUCUCCGGCGAUCGCCGACGCACCGUCUACUCUUUCUGUAUUUCACGUUUGAGCUCCGAUCACGUGCUUCCCGGUGUAUGUUAGUGGUGUCUGAUUCGGUCCAUCUCCGCAGUCCGAUUAGAGCCGGAGAUCGACGGUCAGCUGAGUGGGGAGGGCUGAAAGUGUAGAGCCGGAGCUAAAUUUGGAAGAACCAAAUUUGAUAUAGAUAAGAGGAGCUAUGUUGGAUCUUAAUCUGAACGUCGUCGUUUCGGGGCCAAACGAUGUCGAGUCGUGCGGCACUCAAAUGGACGAGUCGGGGACGUCCAACUCGUCCGUUGUCAAUGCCGACGCUUCCAGCACCAACGACGACUCGUGCUCCACACGCGCCGCCAGAAACGACGCCGUCACAACCUUCAACUUCGGUAUUCUCAAGGUCCAGGGCGGAGACGAAGAAGAAAACGACGACGUUGUCGUGACCAAGGAGCUCUUUCCGGUCACCGGAGGCUUGAACAAUUGGUCGGGGCAGGCUCACGGGCAUGGGCAGUCCUCUUCAUCGUCGCUUUUGGUGAGGAAGAAUCUGAUGGAGCUUGGGUUCGAUCUUGGCGGCUCCGGGGAGGUCAGGUUGGUUCAACAGAAGCAACAACAACAACCUGCUGCGCCUCCGCCGCAGCAGCAGCAGGCGAAGAAGAGCAGGAGAGGGCCGAGGUCGCGUAGCUCUCAGUACAGAGGAGUCACCUUCUACAGAAGAACUGGUAGAUGGGAAUCGCACAUUUGGGACUGUGGGAAACAAGUGUAUUUGGGUGGAUUUGACACUGCUCAUGCUGCGGCUAGAGCCUACGACCGAGCUGCGAUUAAGUUCAGGGGAGUUGAUGCUGAUAUCAAUUACAACCUAAGUGAUUAUGAGGAUGAUAUGAAACAGAUGAAGAAUUUGACCAAGGAAGAAUUCGUGCACAUACUACGUCGGCAGAGCACUGGCUUCUCAAGAGGCAGCUCCAGAUAUAGAGGGGUUACGCUGCACAAAUGUGGUCGAUGGGAAGCUCGAAUGGGACAGUUCCUCGGAAAAAAGUAUAUAUAUCUUGGGCUAUUCGACAGUGAAGUAGAAGCUGCAAGGGCUUAUGACAAGGCAGCGAUCAAAUGUAAUGGAAGGGAAGCGAUCACCAACUUUGAGCCAAGCACAUAUGAAGGGGAGAUGAUGUCUGAGGCUGGUAAUGAAGAUGGCAAUCACAAUCUUGAUCUAAAUUUGGGGAUAUCUCCCCCCUCAUUUAGCACUGGUCAAAAGGAAGGCGAAGGGCGUCUUCAGUUCCACUCCAACCCUUUUGAUGUGCACAAUGGAAAAAGGAUGGAGCACAAUGUGAAUGUAACGAUGAGUGAUCCACCUUUUAGAGGGCUAGUAAUGACACCAGAUCACCCACCACCAUUGUGGAACGGUGUAUAUCCUAGUUACUUGCCCAAUCAGGAAGGAGCAACAGAGAAGAGACUUGCAUUAGGAUCUCAAGGACCCCCCAACUGGGCUUGGCAAAUGCAUGGCCAGGUUACCCCAAUGCCACUGUUCUCAACUGCAGCAUCAUCAGGAUUCUCAUUUUCAGCUAACGCUCCAGCCGCUGCUGUUCACCCCUUACAACCCUCGAACCCAACCGCCCUCAAUCUCUGUUUUGCUUUGCCAGCCACGGCUCUCACCCACACAACUCAACAAUAACAUCACCAAGCAAAAGCCGCGGCAGCCUAAGUUCCCUUCAAAUUCAGAGACCAACCAUAACAACGGGUGGCCUUGAGAUUUUUUGUAUGAUCCAAAUAGAGAUUCAUACAUACACUGCAACUCGAUUUCUGACUCUCUUUCCUGUCUUUACCACUCAGUUGGAUAUAUCGGUUCUGUUCCGCUCCAUUGAUUUGUAUUUGUUCUCAGAAAUAUUUUAACUAACUUGAGCUCUCAUGUAAAGUAUCAAGUGGUUAUUGUGGUACUUACAUCUAAAACUACUCUUGUUCAGAAAGAGAUUCUUAAUAAUGAACUCUUUUAAGAUUGUUCUA